UCUAAAGGCAGAAUACAUGUUAGCAGUCCAAGGGUGUCAUAUGAGCAGAUGGUUUAGAAAUCAACAAAUUACACACACAUUAGUCUACUAUCUGCGUUUAUUCAUAGACAACUCAAUAAAAAAUAAAUCAUAAACUAAAGAGAGAAAGAUUAUUGUCAGGGUAGUCUUUUUUUGGUGGCAAUUACAAGCCAAACAUAUUUUAACCCUUCAGACAGUGGUGUGAUCAUUUUAUAUAACAACACUUCAUAGGGUGAAGAUCCCUUUGGGCCUGGUUGUAGACUAAUGAUCUUAUUUUAGUGAUGAGAUUUUGAUGGCCCAAGAUGAGCGCACACACACACACCCACCCACACACACCCACCCACACACACACACACACACAUAUACCUCUCAGUCCACUCAUAUAUUUUGUAUAUUCAACCAAUAAAACUGAGGGAGAAGACUGCAUAAUUAUUUUAAGUUGCUAAAUGUGUGCAAUUUUGCAGUUUCAUUUAAAGUCAAUAGUUUAACAGAUAAAAUUAAGAGAGUAGUCUUCCUCAUUUUUUGGCGAACAUUUGGGCAUUUGGGAAUCUCUCUCUCUCUCUCUCUCUCAUAUAUAUAUAUAUCCAACGAAUGGGACUCAGCUAAUGCUGAGCUGCACAUAUAUAAUAUAUAAUAUAUAAUACUUUAUAUAUUAAAUCAAAAAGUGAAACUGACAAUGGAUAAUUUAAAGGCCAAGGUAAUUAGAUAAGUAAAGAAAAAACAAGGGACAAGUACAAUCAUAAAGUGACUUACUUUAUUUUAAACCAAAAAGAUCAUUCAUCACAAUGUACUGCAGUCCCGUAUCAUUUAUAUAAAAUAUUCAGAGUCUUUUAUUAAAUCAUUUUUAAACUUGUAAUCUGAAUUACUUCACAUCUCAAGUAUAGUACAUACAGUGUGAACGGUAUUUUGCGUGCAGUGCUACAACUAUUCUCUUCUCUGUUUGUGUGAACUGACAGAAUAAAUCAAGAGAUUCCAAUUUUCACAAGUUUUGGUGUUGGUGUGCUUUAUAUUUGCAUGUUAUAUAAUCACCUGCUGUAAUGAUUUUUUCCCCCCGAAACUUGGUUAUUUGCUUUACAAGUAAUCACUUCGUCCUGAACAAAUUAUCUUUACUAAUGAUUCUGCAAUAAACUAUCCUCUAAAUGCAAGCAUAACAGGGAUGAGGGUUGUGUGUGUUUAUGUGCAGUGUUUCUAAAAAUUCAGACAGUUCAUUUAAUCCAAUGCAGUGAUUGUCCAAUUUGUGAUCUGAUAAACAAAGUCCAAUAAACAUUUCAAACACAGUGCUCAAGCAGAUAGGAGCAAAAGGUAAUCUAAAGACAGAAAAUAGCUUAAUAGUCCAAGGUUGUCAUACAACCCUAAUAAUCACAAGUAUAAUACUGACAGUUAAAAAAAACAAAAAACAAACAAAUUACUGCCUGGCACUCAGACUCAGACCACAGUGCAAACAUUGUAAGUGCACCUGGAAUACAGCCUCGGUAACACAAUCAAGUCAUGGUAAUUCUCAAGGUAAUGAGACUCUUUUCCUACUAAACCUUUUAUGUGUUACAAGCAACGUUUUACAAUCUACAACACUUAUUGGCAUGCAUGUUAAGACUCCUGUGUUCUCCAAGUCCUGUCACCAGGACAAUAGCUUCUGGCCCUCACCCAUAUGACAGAUGGAGUGUUUGUCACUUUGCCUCCAAUAUGCCUUUUACAAUUCAGCUAUAAACAACACCAGGAGCCUGCUCAGUCAGCAUCCUGAAGCCUUAAUCUCAACCCCUUAGACCUCACACCAGUUGAUGGCCAACAAGUUACAACACAAAAACAAAAAUUAUUGUGUGAUAAUUUCAUGCUGAAUGAAUGCGUAAUGUAAUGUAAUUUUCCUGUAACGUACAUAAACCUCUGCAACUAGUUCAUGUUUGGUGUGAAUUUCAUUGUAAAAUCACAAUUGGAAUGUUAGAGAAAGUUCUGUGAAUAGACAAUGCUUCAGUUUCAAAUUUGGGGUAUUAACAUAAUAUAUCCAAAAGAAUAUUAACAUUAACAAAAAAGAAACAUUACUCUUUGCUUUUUACAGAAUAAAGUUACACAGUAUGUGUAUUGGGCACAUGGUUCUUUAUUAAAACAAAGGCCAUUGUGACGUCUUCAUGCAUUGAGGUUGUCUGGGGAAGGCGUGAGAGUGGGUUUGUGUGGACUAUCUACCAUCUUGGAAGCUCCACUUUUGCCUUGGAAGGCUCAGGAUUGAUGUUUGAACAUAUGUCUUAGAAAAACGCAUAAAAUAUAGAAUAAGUUACAAGCACAAGUCUGACCCUAAAAAGGGUCAGAAAAGAGCAAAGAUAGAGGAAACGGCUAAAAAGGAUGGAUAACUAAAAGAGGAACAACUGUACCAUGCAGAUAAGUGUUAGAAUGCUCACUCACCCAUGACAAGGGAAAAGUCUGUUGCUCAUCCAAGGUAGAAAUAGAUCAAAAGUAGAUAAGAAAGUAACUGCUAGAAAACAUAAUAGACCCUACAAGAUAACUGUCAAAAAUGAUGAUGCAAAUAAUGUUGCAAGACAAUAGACAGAGGCAAGAGACAAGGAAAUGUUUAGGGCAGCAUUAAACUAUAAAACCCCAGACUCCUUGGACAUACAUAACAAGGAUACGUGUGGAGACUUGGGAUUGGAUGUGCAAAAAGAGGAAACGUGUGAUUGGUUAAAGUUGGAACAGGCUCUCUCCAUGAUCUAAAAACAAGCUAGGGCUAUGUCUGGACCUUAGGCAAGAUUCCUUGCUGAAAUCUGUGCACACACAGUCAUAAGACUUGCUCUGUGAUCUCCAAACAAACCUACUCAAUCCCAUGGCUAGAUGUUCAGCACAAUCACUACUGAACUCUAUGUUCACCCUAUGAUCUUCACUGAUGCCACAGCCAACAACACUGAAGUCAUUUUACUGAGCAGGACCAACGAUUAGAAUGUAACAAUAAAGCUUCUCCAUGUACACUCUUCAGUUUUGGCAUGGUAUAUAUAAAUAUACCAUUGGAAAGAAAAAGACUUGAGCCUGACACAUUAAAGAAACACUUUUGCUCACAUUCACAACUCGCACUUACAGCACAGCAGUAUGCCUGACAUACUGUUGGCCUCACUACUGCUUAAUUCAGGGAAAUAGAUGAGGCUGACAAAUAAAUACUGACAUUAUGAAAAUCAUGAAUAUAAAUGAACACAAACUAACCUACAGAUGAACACAAGACAGCACCAAACAACACAUAAUACAUUUUAUGUCAUCAUUAAACAGCACAGCCUCUUAAAGUUUUCUAGUUUGGAACCCUUUUUGAGUUAUCAGAAGAUAACUAGUAAACUAGUAUACAUCACCACAGGGUGCUUAUGAUUUAUGGAUAAUUGCACUCCAAAUGAACAACCAUCCAAAUAUGGACUCUUUGACUAAGGUUUCUAGUGUAUUGGUUUAGGUCACAAGUUAUUUCCUGGUAUUCAUUAUAAAUAGGUCAGUUCCAGUAGUGCAGCACUUGAAAUUUCAGUUUCAACCUCAACAUAUACAGCAUCACAAUGCUCCUCCUGAAGUUCACUCUACUCACCUUACUCAUUGAAGCACCUGAUUUGCUUGUUUCUGGAGAGAAUAUAAUUACCUGCUAUGGUGAUAUCCAACACCUGACUUGUGCCACUGGACUGAUAAAGGUGAAGUCUUCUGUAUAUGGCCGUACAGACCGUCACACUUGUAGUGCUAGUCGUCCAGCUUCUCAGGUUGCAAAUACCAACUGUGCCUUGAGGAUUUCCACAAUCGCAGAUAGAUGCAAUGGACUAAAAGACUGUGACUUAAAGACGGAUUUACUUGGCAACCCUGACCCAUGUUUUGGAACCUACAAGUACUACAACACCACUUAUGAAUGUAUCUAUGGCUGGUAUUCUGUGAUCUGUGAGUAUGGUUACAGCACAUUGGACUGUGGAGAUGAUUCUAUUCAAAUCAUAAAUGCGAACUACGGACGUGCUGAAUCUAGAACCUGUUCAAAUGGACUCCCCAGUGUUUUGACCCAGAACACCAACUGCUACGCUCUGAACACAUUCUCAACUGUGUCCGCAAUGUGUAAUGGACAGAGGAAAUGCACUGUAAGAGCUGACUACACCAUCUUUACAGAUCCUUGCUUUGGGACUCUUAAAUACCUCACUGUGUCCUACAAGUGCAUUUCAGCUCAUAGGCUGGACAUCUAGACAUUUGGAGGCACUGGGCAAAAUUUAUGUUGGAGGCACCCCUCCUCCCGCCACCUUUCAAAAUAAAUAAAAAGCACUUGAAGCA